CACACAUGCUAAAAGUGCAACAUGGCAACAGUACAAGUAAGCGAGGCUGAAAAAGUGUACAUCUUACACGGCAUAAGGGAUGACUUACGGGUGGAUGGAAGAGGCUGUGAGGACUACAGACACAUGGAGAUAGAGACCGACGUGGUGUCCAACACAGACGGAUCAGCCAAAGUCACGCUGGGACACACAGCAGUUCUAGUCGGGAUAAAGGCUGAGAUUGGAAAACCGAGACCCACGGUGCCCAACGAAGGCUACCUGGAGUUCUUUGUCGAUUGUUCGGCCAAUGCGACUCCUGAGUUUGAGGGCAGAGGAGGAGAGGGUCUGGGGACGGAGCUGAGCAACACCCUCUACAAAGUGUUCAACAACAAGCACAGCGUGGAUCUGAAGAGCCUCAGUAUAUGCGCUGGAGAGCACUGCUGGGUGCUCUACGUGGAUGUGCUGCUCCUGCAGUGUGAUGGAAACUUGUACGAUGCCAUCUCAGUAGCUAUCAAGGCAGCUCUCUUCAACACAAAGAUUCCCAGAGUUCACAUAUCAACGGAUGAAGAAGGAGGAAAGGAGAUCGAGCUGUCUGACGACCCGUACGACUGCAUGAGACUCAACGUGGAGAACGUUCCCUGUAUAGUGACGCUGUGCAAGGUGGGCCACAGGCACGUGGUGGACGCGACUCUGCAGGAGAAGGCCUGCUCCGUAGCGAGCCUCAUCAUCUCCGUCACACACAAGGGCACCGUCACCUGCACCAGGAAGGUGGGUGGAGGCAGCCUGGACCCAGAGAGCAUCUUCGAAAUGACAGAGGCAGGUAAACGGGUCGGCAAAGCCCUUCACGCUCCGCUCAUGAAGCUGCUGCAGCAGGAGGAGCGUCUGGGGAAGAAGAAACAGAAGGUCGGCUUCCUCGGCUGAAAUCAGCUUUCUGCGCUUUGUAUUUACAUGUAAACAGAAUUUUCUAAUAAAAUGUUGGAUUUGUACAGUC